UUGAAAGUUUUGUGGGAUUGAAGCUAUCUGAAAUGAGAAAGCAACCGCAUGUUCUUGUUAUUCCAUAUCCGGCACAAGGCCAUGUGCCACCUCUUCUGAAAUUAGCAACAAAGAUUGCUGAAAAUGGAAUUGAGGUCACCUUUGUUAACACAGAUUUGAUCGCGGCGAAAGUCAUGGCUGCAAUGCCAGAGGAAUCUGAGGGGUGGAGCCUGAUAAAGUUUGUUUCAAUUUCGAAUGGAAUUGGACAAGAGGAGGACCGAACAGAUUUUGAUAAGACUACAAAUACCAUGUUAAGAGUUAUGCCUGGUAACUUGAAGGACUUGAUUGAAAAGAUUAACCAAUCAAGUGACAAUGAGCAGAUCACUUGUGUCACUGCUGAUAUAUUAGUAGUAUGGGCAAUUGAACUUGCCCAGAAAAUGGGAAUUCCUAGAGCGGCAUUUGUACCUUAUGGACCAGCAACUUUAGCCCUGUCAUUUCAUAUAAAAAAGCUGACUGAGGCUGGAAUUCUGGAUAUGAAUGGAAAUGCGACGAGUGAUGGGUUGAUCUCAAUAUCAGAGGAAAGUCUUCCCUGGAAAGCUAAAGAAUUGGCAUGGAGCUUACCAUUUAACAAAAAGACACAAAAGGUUCUCUUUGGAGCUCUGUGUGCUGUUGACCAAAUUGUCAAGAUUUCCAAUUGGGUUCUUUCCAACUCAUUUUAUGAACUUGACUCAUCAUCCUGUGAUUUGGUUCCCAGCAUAUUACCGAUAGGUCCAUUACUUGCAAGUAAUAAUUCAAGGCAUUUGGCUGGAAGCUUUAGGCCUGAGGACUCAACUUGUUUAAGCUGGCUUGACAAACAACCGAUUGGCUCAGUCAUUUAUGUUGCAUUGGGCAGCACAGGAACCUUAAAUCAGCAACAGUUUGACGAAUUAGCAAUUGGUCUUGAAUCCUUGGGCCAACCGUUUCUUUGGGUUGUUCGAUCCGACCUCAUGACGGGAUUGGUCGCUAGAUUCCCAGAUGGUUUUGAACAGAGAGUAGGCGGUUGA